AUGCACAGCACCACCGGCCGUCUUGCACAGGGGCGCCCAGCAGGCCAGCAGCAGCAGCAGCAGCAAACUGCCUCCACAUCCGAGGUCAUCGUCGCCGCCGUAGCGCGACAACCGGCGCCCCUGCCCAGAGCAUCUGCCCUCGCCGCACCCUCGGCAGACUCGCACCUCGGCACCGCAAGCCCGCCCGAGCUGGACACCGCCGAAUCGCCCGCACUCUCGGGUCGCAGCUACUCGCCCGUCGCCACGCCUCCCGCUCUCGGCACCAUUGACGAGCACGACGCCGCGCUGGUCGACUUUUCCACCGUGUUUGGCGAACCGAGCUCGUCGCUGCUCACCGCACCCUCGCACGCCGCUGGCGCUUCGCAAGCCAUCAAGUUUGAGGACGACUCGGACCAGAUGCUCAGCUUCUUCCGCACCUCGCCCUUCCGCACCACCCAGUACGAAUCGGCCACCAUCGACCCGCACGUGGUCGAGCACGGCUCGCUCGCCCAGCCCACCUCGCUCCAGUCGACGUUGGCCAUGCCGCUCGACUCGAUCAGCCCCUCGCAACUCGCCGCUGCGCAGGCCAACCCGUUCAAUGCCGCCGCCGAGUCGAGCCUGAAGCACGAGCACCACAACCGCGACGACUCUGCCGCGCCCAUGUCGGAGGACGGCAUGUCGGAGGACGACGACGAUGACGACGAGCACGACGGCGAGCACCGUCGCUCGAAGUCGUCGGGCAUGGGCAAGACGCUCAGCACGAUUCCCAUGGCGGUGGGCGACACCAACUACCUCAAGCCCGACCCGGAAGAGUACAAGAAGCUGAGCAGCAAGGAGAAGCGCCAGCUGCGCAACAAGAUCUCGGCGCGCAACUUCCGCACGCGCAGAAAGGAGUACAUCAACCAGCUCGAGGACCAGAUCGCCGACCGCGACGCGCUCAUCGAAGGCCUGCGCCAGCAGAUCUCGCAGCUGAGCGUGGAGAACAAGUCGCUCAAAGACGAGGUGCGCACCAUCAAGGCUCGCACCAUCUCGUCGCAGGAUGUGGGUAAGAUUUUGGAGGCGCUGCAGACCAUGACAUCCACCGCCAACAACCCCACGGCGGCUGCUGCCGGCAACGGUGGUGCGCUCAACGUGAGCGGGGAUGUGGCGUCGGGUCGAAGCAGCCCGACCAACGAGUUUGGCGGUGCGCCGAGCGGUGUUCUGACGCCGGGCGCGUUCCUCAACUUUGGCAGCGACGCCUCGCGGCCGGGCACGCCGACGUUUGCGUUGCCGGGCUCGCCGCGUGCACAGUCGCCGCGUCCGUCGCUGCUGCGCCGCUCGUCGCCGUCGCUCAUGCCGCAGGCCAACACGAAGAAGGACGUGGCGCCCUCGAGCAGCUUCUGGGGCGGCGUGGGCAGCGUGAAUGCCACCAACACGUUUAUGCCCGUCUGCUGA